GCAAAGUACAAGUAUUGUUGAGAUUGUACCACACACAAAGGAGGUAUGAGCAAUACGCCCAUAAAAAACACCUGGAAUUUCCAAAAACAUGCAAUGACCUGCAAGCGUAGGAGCACUUCAGCAUUACUUUUCGGGUGUCUUCUGACGAAUUUCUACCCAAAACCUGGAUAAACACGGCAGCUGAUCAUGCAUACCAAUAUGUGGUACAUUUGGACACUUCUCAUCUGCUCUCCAAGCAUUGUCUACUCACAAACAAUGCAACCACCCCAUGAGUGUUCUGCAGUCUGUGAGUACACUCACUGGGCCCUGGAUGCAGACUGCAAGAAUCGCAACUUGACCUCCAUCCCAGGCCAGUGCAGCCAGGUCGUGACCUUUGACCUCCGACACAACCACAUUCGAAUACUUCCCGUCGGGGCCUUUGAGGAGUUUGUAAAUCUUCGCUACCUGGACAUCGAGAUGAUGGAGCUGGAAACUAUCACACCGGGAGCAUUUCAAGAUAACAUUAAUCUCGUCCACAUCUAUAUACAAAUAAAUCAACUCACUGUAAUCCGUAGUUUCACCUUCAAAGGUGUUCCAAAUCUCAAACAGCUUUUUCUGAACAGCAACAAGAUCAAAGUGCUUGAUCCAGGAGCAUUUGAAGGCAUCCCAAAACUGGAAACUCUGUUUCUUAGCGACAAUGACAUUUCUGAAAUCUCCUCUGAUCUGUUCCGUAAUCUGACCAAGUUACGUUAUCUCUAUCUUGAAAACAACCACAUUUCAGACAUCCCUGAGGGGACCUUUACUGGGCUGACCAAUCUCAGACACCUCAGCCUAGCUGGUAAUGACCUGGUUCAUAUCCCAAGUGGACUGUUUGAUGAUUUGAAGCACCUUAGGGCCCUCAAGCUAUCCUACAAUCACAUCAUCUCCAUCAAUCCCCUCCCCGACUUGCCCAGACUCAAUCACAUUGAUCUCUUCAACAACCAGCUCACUUCGGUCUCAAAUCUGACAGACUUUCUCAAAGCACCCCGAAGACGGCGAAGGUCAAAUGGGACAAAGAAAUUCACUGAACUAUUUCUGGCCAAGAAUCCACUCAACUGUGACUGUGACAUUGAGCCCCUACGCAUCUGGUUACAAGUGCAUCGUGAAGAAAUUCGCAACCAUCACCGCGCCAAUGCAACCUGCGCCUCGCCAGCAGAGCUUAGCGAUGUCAGUCUCUGCAACCAACAAACACCUUUCUGUACACUCCAUACAAGCACUCAAUUAUCCACUGAUCAUCCCGACACCAAAGCCCUAACCAGAGCAGCUUCCCCGUUGAUUCAUAUCUCUGAUGAGGCUGAGUCUACCCUCAUGCCCAUUACCAUUGUGGUUGUCAGUAUCUCAAGUGUUGUCUUGGUCACAUUACUCAUUUUGACAGUGUACAUGAAAUGUAGGAAUGGUAGGAUUCCAUACCAAAAGCACAAUACCAAAGGAAGCGAUGACGAUUACAAACAAGCGAACAUUACUGAAAAUCCCAUGAAUAAGCAUGCGAAGUACAGUGGCAUGUAAUUCACUGUCAUGCAAUAACACAAUACAAGGCUUAUAUCUAUCAAAUGAAUAGUACUAUUGCCAAAUACAUGUAGGAAAAUGGCUUGUACUGGUAUGUUAUGUGUACAACAUCUUGCAAAAUGUAUAAAAGUGCCUUAAGUGUUACAGAGUUUUAAAUGUACAAAGUUGGCAAAGUGUUUAUGAUAUGCAGACUUUUUUAGAACUACUUUAAAAAUGUAUAAAAAACGUUUUUUGUGCAAGGAUAAUUUUUGUUUCAAGCAAUAC